AUGUCGACCGGUCAAUGGGAAAUUGUUGGAAAAAGCAAAAAAUCUCAAAAUGGUAAGGUAAAAAAUGUGAAAGAAGAUGAGAAGAAAUCGCAAAAAAAUCUUCCUAAACUUGAAGAUAUUGUACCUCAUUCUCAAAUAAAAUCAUUUUACGCGGGCAUGGAAAUAGAUGAUACCCGAAAACCGCCAAAAGAGAAAAAGAAGGAGGGCGACAAAAAGGCUAAGAAGCAGCAGGAUAAGAAAGCUGAACCCCCUAAACCUAAGCCACCUAAAACCAUUGAGGGAGCUUUGGAAGCAAUUGACCCAGCAGAACUUGCAAAUAUAAUAACAACUAAUAAAAUACGAUUUUCUAAUGCUCCAUUAGUUUGGCUGAAAGAAGUGGCCAACUAUCUCAAUUCAAAAACACAAAUAGAUGUUGAUGAUCCUACUUUCUUUAACUAUCCACCAACAUAUCCACUUUGUGCUAUUCCUGCAGAAAUUAAGAGCAGCUUGGAAAAUGUUUUAAAAGAUGCUGGGAAAGCCAACAAUCAACUAUUUUUUGAUGUUACUCUCACUGCAUUAGCUAAUGAUAUGAGUAGAGGUCAGUUAGUAAAUGGGCACAGGCUUCUCUUGCAAAUGCUUGCUCUAGAGUUUCCUGACUUCUGCACAGCAUCAAUUCCAAAAAGUGUCAGCUUAAGAAACUCUUACCAAAACCGGCCUCCUAUUGGUCUUUCGUUAUUAUGGGCAUAUGGACAAGGUGGACACAACGAUUUUGCUGUUGGAAUGAAAGCCUGGCAGGAAUUGUUCCUUCCUAUUAUUGAGUUGAAAAAUUAUUCAAAGUAUGUUGUAGCAUAUUUAUCUAAGCUCUUGGAUAGACAUGGGAACAUGGACAGCUCUAAAAUUAGCCACGAGCAACUUUUAACAAUGUUCGAUUUGAUUAAUAAUAAGAAAAAUAGUCUAUCUAAAGAGUUGUCAAGUGACCUUAUCAAACAAUUAAGUAAAUAUAAGGAUAUAUUUUUCAAUAAAAGCGGCAAUAAGUUACAAGUGACAUUUAACCAACUAAUGAAGAAAUUACCCAAUCAAUAUUUAAGUGGUACUAGUUUGGAUCCAUACAACAGAGUUCUAGUUGAAACUUUAGUAGAUUGUUUGGGACAUGAUGAUUCGUGCAAUGCAACUUGGAGACAAUUAUUCCAUAAAUGUACUAAGCAAUCGGCUACUCUGCUUGAUUUUAUUGAUAGCAAUUGGACAGAAGUAAAACCGAAGUUGAAGCUGAAAUCUUUAAAAACUACAGUGAUCGAGUAUAAAGAAAUCAGCAAAGAUGCAUUAAAAGGAAAGAAAAAAGAUGAGACAGUUGUUAAGGCAAAUAAAAUAUGCCAGGAUAUUCUAGACAGGAUGACGAGUACUAGAAGGUUCCCUUGGCUGUGGGCCAUUUUCAUACUGUUGGUUACCAUUGCUGGAUUAGUCACAUAUGAUGUCUCUACAGUUGGUGGCAAUUUUCCCAAAAGUAAGACUGGACGGUUGAUGAAAGAUCUAGGCGUCCUAGAACAUAGUCAGAAAGCGUGGCAAAAGACAUUGUCGACUUCAGCACGUGGCUAUAUUUGGCUUGAAACCAAUACUCCGAUCUAUUAUGCUCAAACUGUUGAAAUUUGUAAACCAUAUUCACAGCUCUCCAAAGAUGUGUUCAUAUUGACUAUGAAGAAAGUUGGAAUACUUUAUGACAAUGUUAGAGAGUAUGUGGUAGAGAAGACACCUGUAGUUGUUGCUACUAUUGAACAAUAUGCCCCAGGAAUGAUAGAAAACAUUCAAUUUUAUACAUCAUAUGCAUUUGCUACAUUGAAAAAGUAUGUAACAGACUAUUAUAUUUGGAUGGCAGAAUAUUUGAAGACUAAAGUUUUUGUAGGUGAAUGGGCACCUGAGAUUCUGCAAAAUAAAACACAAGUAGCAUUGAAUGCAACAAAGUUCCACAUGUCAUCAUAUUUCCACUGGUUCAGAGAACAAGUCCAUGUGUACUCGGAGAUACCUUGA